GGGCUGGCGCCGUGACAGUGGGCGAGGGAGCGGGCGGCCAUUUUGUCGGCCAGGCGCUGCAGCGAGUGAGGGGGGUUUCAUUCCCGAUCCGGCCCGUUCUUGCCCCCAGUCAUCCGAGCACUGAUCUUGUAUUUAUUUAUUGAAGCGUUAGGCGGAGUUUGGGGCGCGGCGGGUUAGCGAUCUCACCCAGAGAUGAGUUCGGUGGACAUCCGGAAGCUGAAAGUGAAUGAGCUGAAGGAGGCGCUGCACAAGCGGGGCCUCGACACUCGGGGCCUGAAGGCCAACCUGCAGGAGCGGCUGCAGGCCGCACUCGAUCGCGACGCGGCGGAGGCGGAAGGGGAGCAGGCGGGCGCCGCGGGUGCCGCCAGCGAUGGGUACCCGCCGAAGGAGCCGGUGGAAGAGCCGGCGGCGAGGGCCCUGGAGGGUGAUGGGACUGAUGCUGGGGAUCCAAAUUAUGGUGGAGCUGUGAACUCUUUUAACCAGUGUGAUAAUCAAAGUCGUGAUUUUGGAGGGUCCAGGCAAGGAAAUAUCGAGAGAAGCUGGGAAGGACCAGCCAUUGAGCAAGCACCAACAAAGCAGGAAUUUCAACCAGUUGCAGUUAAGGAGGAACCUGUGGAUCAAACUGCAAUCAAACAGGUGAUACCGCCAAGCAGAAAGAGACCCUUUGCUGACCAAGGGCAUGGAUAUUAUGAAUACAGAGAGGACAGGAGUUACGGUCGAGCAAAAUCUCCCCAGCCACCUGCCGAGGAUGAUGAGGAAGAAUUUGAUGAAUCUUGUGUGACUAUUGAUACUUAUAACUGUGAUCUGCACUUUAAAGUAGCUAGAGACCGCUUGAGUGGCUACCCCUUGACUAUUGAAGGAUUUGCAUAUCUGUGGUCAGGAGCACGAGCAACAUAUGGGGUCAACAAGGGGAGAGUUUGUUUUGAAGUUAAGAUUAACGAAGAGAUUCCAGUUAAACAUCUCCCUCCAACUGAGCCUGAUCCCCAUGUAGUUCGUGUUGGUUGGUCACUUGAUUCAUGCAGUACGCAGUUAGGUGAAGAGGAAUUCUCAUAUGGGUAUGGAGGCACAGCAAAGAAGUCAACAAACUGCAAAUUUCAGGACUAUGGAGAGCGAUUUUCUGAAAAUGAUGUACUGGGAUGCCUAAUUAACUUUGAAGUUGGUGAAGAUGUGGAGAUGUCCUUUACAAAGAACGGAAGGUGGCUUGGUGUUGCGUUUAGGGCCAAAAAAUCAGCUCUUGGUGGACGCCCGUUGUUCCCACACGUGUUGACAAAAAACUGCGCUGUUGAAUUCAACUUUGGGCAGAAGGAACCCUGGUGCAGAAUUCCCGAUGGGUUCACAUACAUUCAGCAUGUGCCCGUAGAUCAGCGGAUACCAGGUACAACGGGACCAAAGACAAAGGCAGAGUGUGAAAUCCUGAUGAUGGUUGGCCUCCCUGCAGCAGGGAAAACGACAUGGGCUACAAUGCAUGCAGCCAGCAACCCGUGGAAGAAAUACAACAUCCUCGGAACAAAUGCCAUCAUGGAAAAGAUGAAGGUGAUGGGACUUCGACGUCAACGCAAUUACGCUGGCCGUUGGGAUGUCCUAAUUCAGCAAGCUACUCAGUGCUUGAAUCGUCUCAUCCAGAUUGCUGCUCGCAAGAAACGCAACUAUAUCCUUGACCAGACAAAUGUUUAUGGAUCAGCACAGAGACGAAAAAUGCGUCCUUUUGAAGGGUUUCAACGCAAGGCUAUUGUAAUUUGUCCCACGGAUGCCGAUUUAAAAGAACGAACAAUAAAGCGCACUGAUGAGGAAGGAAAGGAUGUUCCUGAUCAUGCAGUUUUAGAAAUGAAAGCAAACUUCACUCUGCCCGUGGUGGAUGAGUUCCUCGAUGACGUGACCUAUGUCGAGCUGCAGAAGGAGGAGUCGCAGAAGCUGGUGAGCGAGUACAACGAAGAAGGGAAGAGGGCUGGCCCUCCCCCAGAGAAACGCUUCGACAACCGGUCUUCAGGCUUCCGUGGGCGUGGAAACUUCAAUCGAUUCGACAGUCGCGGCGGGCAGGCAUCUCGUGGUUUCACCCGUGGUGGAUUCAGAGGAGGCUUCAACCGUGGAGGUAACCCACCUAACCGCUGGCCCAACAACAACACCAACAGCCGUGGUACCUACAAUCGCACCCCGAGCUACAACAUGACGCGUGCACCCACCUACAACAAGACCACCUACAAUCAGAGCCUGCCAACGCCAGCUGCACCAACGACAACACCAACUCCUGCACCGGCACCACCAGCACCGGCUCCUGCACCGCCGGCACCAGCAACGUACGGGCAGAACUACAGUCAGGGCUACAAUCAAGCAUACAAUCCCAGUUACAGCUAUGGCAACUAUAGCAACUAUGGGAACUACAACCAAGGCUACACUCAACCCCAAACUCCAACACAAACCUACAGCCAGCAGUAUCCAAACCAGUACCAGCAGUAUGCUCAGCAGUGGAGCCAGUAUUACCAGAACCAGAAUCAGUGGCAUCAAUACUACGGGAGCUACAAUUAUGGGAAUUACUCAGGAGGAUCCCAGGGCUCCGGGACACAGUAAAACCAAUGCUGAAGCUAUUGUCCAAACCAUUUUUUUUAAAGAAAAACACAGAAUAAUUCUAUGAGCAGUCAGUUGUAUAAAGGUUUAAAAGCUCAGUUUGGGGGUGUGAUACACCUCAAUUUUCUGGCAUUUUAUUGUGUCAUAUAGUAGUAGUGAUUGUAAAAUUGAAGAAAAGAUGCAAAAGGAAGAAUUAAACAAUUUAAAAUUCUGAGAUGUUUAAUGUAAUGACGUCUUUUUAGAUUUUUAUGUAACUUUUUACUGUCGGUAAGCUAUUUUGUCAAGAUAACUAAUGACAAAACUUCAAAAACAAUUGGGUGACACUUUGAACAUGUUAACUUUUUUAUAUAAUGUAUAAGGUUCAUGUCUUUGCUUGUGCUUUUUCUGUUGAGUCUGUUUGAAACUGCUUUUGUAUCUGGGAUAAAGUUAAGAUUUAACAACCUACAAAGCUUUUGGUGUUAUUGCUCUCAGUUAUGUCUUACAAGGAUUUGUGUUUGCGUGGUACAUGAUUAAGGGCCCAAGGAAUAUUUUUGAUCGCAACAUUGGUUUUUAGUAUUGUAUUGACAUGAAGUGACAAGGAAUGCUCAGAACUAUCUCUGAAUAUGCAUCAGCUCCAGAACUUGUAAAAAGACAGGGAAUCAAAUGACAAAACAAACACUCCAUAUUAUGUACAAACAAAACACUUUUAAAUAUCUUUCAGGCAGUUGCUUUCUUUCACCACCAGUUUGGCCAAUGAACUGAAAAAAUUGUCUUCCAUCUCUAGAAGCUGACAAAACAUACUGUUAAUAAAAACAAAUCUGCCUAUCUCUCAGUUUUGGGUGUUUUUUACCUCACUUUCUCUACAUAACUUCUGUUUUUAAAUAGGUGUAUGAGGGGUAUCAAUCAGGUUGGGUCUUAGUGAGGGAAAGGGGCUCACUGUCUUCCUGUGGAGCUGUGCAUGUGACAGAACCUGUAACUCCAGCCUUUCAUUAUGAUCUGCACUGCCUGCAUUGAGAUUUCAUUACAGUUGUUCAAAAAAGAACCCACAAUCUGGAACAUAUGAAAUGUGCACCAUUCUUGUCUUUGUCUAACUCAAUCGCUUAAUUCCAAUCCAGAAUCAGAUUUAUUAUCAUUGACAUAUGAUGUGAAAUUUGUUGUUUUGCGGCAGUAGUACAGUGCAAAGACAAUAAUAAUCUAUAAGUUGCAUAUAAUAAAUCCAGACAAAAUGUAAACUUCACUCUCCCUAAAUGUAACAUGAGUGGAAGGGGCUAAAUGGCUUCCUUCUGUGCUGUAUCAUUUUCAAAAUGAUAGUUGAUGUACUGUGUCCACUUUGGGUGCCUUGCUGACAUAAUUUUUGGUUACAUCAAAUUGCAGACACUCUUGAGUGUAGAAGGUUAUCCCAGAGCAACAGAAACUGUCUGGAUAUCCCUUGAUGGUGAAGAAAUGGUCCCUGAAUAACUUGCUGAGCAGUACAGGCCAGGAAUAUUCCAGCUUUGAUUCAGAUCAGUACAUGGUUAGGUAGAUGCUCUAUAAUUAGCUUUAGUGGCAUUGGUGUUCUACACAGCCUAGGCAGUAAUCUGGUAGGGUAGAUUGCAUGAUUUCUGAUUUCUCAGUCCAUGAAUUUCAAUUUAAAUGUCAGGUGGGAUCUCAGAAAGGUAAGUGAAUGAGAAUUAUAGGAAAUACUACUCGGCCCCACCAAACACAGUGUAGAUGAACGGGUUGGAUUUUUGCAGCCUAUUGAUGCUGUUUCAGUUGCAAACUAUGGUAAAUUGGUCACAGUGAUGAGCAAGGUAUGUGGGUGGUUUGAAGGAGAUCAGUCAUGAGGAGCUAAACCAAGGGAUCUAGUGGAAGAGAUUAAAAGUUCCAGGAGGAAUGAUUUAUGCUAGGUACGCAAUAAAGUGACCUGCACACUCUUGAUGGCAUUUAAUUUGAUUUUAAAAGGAGUUUAUAGUGUAGACAUUGCUUAUUGUGGAAAAGUAUAUUUGUUACAUUGUUUAAAAAAAAUUGAAUUUUGUUUUCCAUUAGUCGCUGUGUGUCUAUUAGAAUGGAAAAUAAAACUCUACAAAGACUAAUUAUUGCCGAGAAUUUUAUCCCAGUGGUUUUUAGUGCACAUGUUACAUAAUGAAUAGUGAUCACGAAAAUGCCUCUGUACUGUCAGGCUGUUGACCUAGACUGCUUCGUAGUUUGAGAAUGUUUGCUUCCUUGCUGAUGCCUGCCAUUUAACUUUACAUUUGGUUAAGUACUGAAGUUGUUGCUCUGUGAUUAUAUUGGUGCUUUGUUACACUGCCUAAAACUGAACAAUUAUGUUUCAACAGAAAUAAUCAUUAAAAAAUGCAUUUUUAAA